AUGGACAUCUCGCACCACACCCGGGGCAGCGUCUCCGUGUGGGGCCGCGCGGGCAAGGCCUUCGCGACGACCCGCGACCUUGGCGACGACCUCGGCCACGUCGGGGCGGAGGAGGACGCCCGGAGGUCGAGCAAGACCACCGCCACGGGCCGGAGGUCGAGCAAGGGCUCGACCGGCCGCGGGUCGAGCGUGGGCCCGCUGAUGCGCGCGAACACGGACCUGAACUUCUGCGCCCUCGCCAGCGACGACGGCGGCGAGGCCGACGGGAAGCCCGCGGGCGCCGCGGCGCUGGCCCAGCGCGCGCGGGCGCCGCUCUCCCCGCAGAGCGUCCCGGCGAUGUUCGCGCACCCGAUCCGCGUGACGACCAGGUUCGUCUUCCUGGGCGGGCGCCGCGGGCCCCGCCUCGCGGGAGUCGUUGGCCUGCCCUGGCUCCAGGCCGCGGUGCCCGCGGAUGUGCUGCCCCAGCUGGAGGCAGACCUGGAGCAGGUGGAGCUGCGCGUGUGCCCGGCGCAGAUGUGCGGCCCGAGGACUUGCGGCCGGCUCGGGGCGCUGUUCGACUGGUGCUACCAGUGCCCAGAAUUCUGGCCGGCAGACAUGGGUGCGAAGGUCCUCCUGGGCCUGUACUUGGCCGCGCUGCGUGUCAUCGGGAGCUCGCGAUGGUGGGUGCUCCUCCACCUCGGCGUGGCCGCCUGCUCGGUCGGUUGCGGCCUCCUGGUGCUGAGGUGCAGGCCCUGCGCGAGCGCCUCGGACAAUGCUGCGCUCUUGAUCUCGCUCUCGAUCGUGGCGCUGGGGGCCUCGCAGUACGAGCUCUCCCAUUCCUACUUCGCCAGGCCCUCUGCGGACUUGCUGCCGGGUGUCCUGGCGGUCCUCGUGGUCUGCCUGCUGGCCCUGCUGGCAACCACGAGCGCGUGCGUCAUCCUGGCCGCUCUUCUCGCGUCCUCCAAGACCGUGCCGACGGUUGUCUCUGGCGUCGUGGAGGGAUGGCGCCCCGCAGUGGCUGAGGACGAGGAUGCGGCGGGCAACGUCGCAGUCCAGAACGACGAUGCGGAGCGGGAGGAGAGGAGGAGCGUCGAAGCCAUGGUGACGUUGAAAGCUGGGAGCCACGUCUUGCUGCCGGCCAGGGUCAGCGCGCCCCUGCAGGUACGCGAGGUGACCCUGGGCACCACAAGCGCCAAGAAGAUGCUGGCAGUUGCAGGUCGAGGGUGUCUGAGGGUACCCGUGGCAGCGUCGAGUCUGUUCUCGCAGAAAGCGUAUGGCAUGCCGAUUGCGCAGCCUUUCGGUGUGCUAGACAUGCCAGACGGUGCCGUUGCGCUGUACGAGGCGAGCUCUCUCAACAGCGAGCGCAGCCCGUGGGAGCAGGUGCUUCUCAGAGAACUGCGGGGAAACGAGGACGGGCUGAGGAAGGCAGAAGCCUUCCUGUUAGAGGGGCUGCAGAGGCUGAGGGACAGCCCUGGCUACCUCGAGGGAUCCUACGAUGACGAGAUGCUCGCGAUUAGGGCUGUGCGGGCGUGAGCCAGCGGUCUGGAGCCGCCAGGGCCUGCUGCUUGCCCGGCAUUGUUUUCAAGGUUGUAAUUCCGACGUCCGCGGUUCGGCACCGUAAUCAGUAGCCAGCGGGCUGCUUUUGUGGACGGCACUGCACGUCUCUUUCCCCAGAUGGGUAGAUGGGUAAUUCGGAAGACAAUCUUGAGGACAGCCAGCAUGCGAGUGCUGGGACUCACGAUGCAUCACUCGGUCCGAGCCAGAUGCGGUGAAUUUGGAAUGAUGCACGAAACAAUUGAGCAUUGUAUUAUGGGACGCCAUCCGUACACUUGCAUCGAUCAUCGCCAGGGCCGUUCUCGGUCCACGACGGGCUAGGCCGGGAUCGGUGUCGGCGUGUAGUUGGCGUCCCCCUGAUAGCAGAGAGUGUUGCACGCACCCUGCCAGGCUGCAUGGCCGUGCGCGAGCGCUGCCAGUCUUUCAGCACAUGACGCUCCAGCGCUAUUGCCACACUUGCCGGCCGAGACGUGCCCUCCUCCUUGAUGGGCCUGUUGUCCACCACCAUCAUAAGUCG